UAACCAUCCACCAUUAUAAAUAGGUGCACCAUUUCCUGUACAUGAGCAUUACCAUCCACAACUUAAUUCGUGCAAAAACAGAGGAAAAGAAAUGGCAGCAAAAUCUUGUCAGGAAGGGCAUCCCACUGAGGCUUUUGGAUGGGCAGCAAGAGACCACUCCGGGGUCCUCUCUCCUUUCAAAUUCUCUCGGAGGGCAACAGGAGAGAAGGACGUCGCAUUCAAGGUGCUGUUCUGUGGAAUAUGUCACUCGGACCUUCAUAUGAUCAAGAAUGAGUGGGGUAUCUCUUCCUACCCUGUUGUCCCCGGGCAUGAGAUUGUGGGACAAGUGACAGGGGUAGGCAGCAAGGUUGAAAAGUUCAAAGUUGGAGAUAAAGUUGGGGUAGGGUACAUGGUUGGAUCAUGCCAAUCUUGCGAUAGUUGUCAUGACGAUCUCGAAAAUUACUGCCCAGACACAAUAGUCACCAGUGGUGGCAAGUACCAUGAUGGAGCCACCACAUACGGAGGCUUCUCAGACAUUAUGGUCGCAGAUGAGCACUAUGUAAUUCGAAUUCCAGAGAAUUUGCCUCUUGAUGCCGGUGCUCCUCUCCUAUGUGCUGGGAUUACAGUGUAUAGCCCCUUGAAAUAUUAUGGCCUUGACAAACCAGGUAUGCAUGUGGGUGUAGUCGGGCUUGGUGGGCUGGGUCAUGUAGCUGUAAAGUUUGCAAAAGCUAUGGGGAUCAAGGUGACAGUGAUCAGUACCUCUCCAAAAAAGAAGCAGGAGGCUCUUGAGCAUCUUGGCGCUCAUUCAUUUUUGGUUAGUCGUGACCCCGAUCAGAUGCAGGCUGCAAUAGGCACAAUGGAUGGUAUAAUUGACACGGUCUCGACGAUGCACCCUCUCUUCCCUUUGAUUGGUCUGUUGAAGACUCAGGGAAAGCUGGUUUUGGUUGGUGCGCCGGAGAAGCCACUUGAGCUACCAGUGUUUCCUCUUAUCAUGGGAAGGAAGAUAGUGGGUGGUAGUAGCAUCGGAGGAAUAAAGGAAACACAAGAGAUGAUUGAUUUUGCAGCCAAGAACAACAUAACAGCAGACGUUGAGGUGAUUCCAAUGGAUUAUGUGAACACUGCCUUGGAGCGGCUAUCGAAAUCAGAUGUUAGGUACAGAUUUGUGAUUGACAUUGGCAAUACAUUGAAGAAUUGAUGUUUGUCUUCCAUAUACCUCAGUGGAGAAAUGGCCUGUGUUUUGAGGAUUCGUAGGUCCGAAUCAUUUUUCAGCUUUCAGCAAUAAGUUUUUGUCUGUUAACGAAAACAUAUAUCGGCUUGUAAUGCUAUGGUGGGCAAGGGAAUUGGAAGGCCCAACCCUUGUGGUUCCUUUUCUUCCAAAUCCAUUACUUUGGAUCUACAAAUAUUGCUCGCCUUAUUUUUAAUAUACUAAUUGUUAUUUUUUAUGUCACAA